AUGAAAAGCAUAAUAUAAAGUGCUUAUUUAUACAAAUCAUAAGAAAAAUCAACUGGAAAAACAUUUUUGAUGCUUCAUUUAUAAAUUGUUAUUUUUAAAAUUAAAUUCGUUAAGAUGUUAAGAAAGAUAUCUCAAUAGUAAUCAGAAUAAUAGUUAAAAAAUUAAAGUCUAAGACUUGGGGAUGAAUCAGAAUUCAAUCUAAGAAAAUUUAGAGAAAGCAUUUAUACAAAAAUGUAGCAAUUUGGUAAUUCAGAUUAACAGUAAAUCUAUGUUAAAAGAACAGCUCAAUCAAUUACUAAAAAGCCUACAAUGAACUAAUCACUUGGAGAGUAUUUGAGCUGUUAAUAUUUGUAGUAUUCCUUCAUUUGAUGAGAUUUGUAAAAAAAUGACAGGUUACAAAGAUGUGAUUUAGUUAAAUUAAAAAAAUGAUAGAUCUUUGAGAUCUAGUAUGCAAAACAAAAUAGAAUAAUUUAGAGAUCCUCCUUAAAAUAGGCUAUCUAAAAGAUCGAUAGGGAUGACUCUUCAUAUUUCAAAUAGAUUUUCAUCUUAAACCAAAAUAGAACCAAGAUAAUAAUCUGCUUGUAAACACACUUCUAGCAUUUUUGAUAAACCAGUCAUGUCUUAAACAUUGAAAUCUAGUUUAAUGGAUAAGUUAUCAUUGAAAGAGUUAGUUGAUCUAAGAAAUAAGGUUGAAAAUAGUUAAUCAAUAGAAGUGUAAUCUCUAUCAAAGAACUAUGUGGCUGAAUUAAUGAAACUAACACAAAUCAUAAAUAAACAAUUGAAAAAAUGUAAAUUAUGA